AUGGGCGAAUGGGGUAGUUUUGAGCGGUUGUGUCGUGCGUCGACGUUGCCGGUGUGUAACCUCUUUCCAGGAGCUCCGGUAAAGGAGUGUAUACUGCGAGGAGCCGGGGGGAAGGUUCGGAAUAUCGGGGAUAUAUGCCUCUGUAUCUUGGCUCUCCUAUUCACGCUCAAGCUGGUAUGGAAGACGAGGAUGAAGAGCGUAACUAUAGGAGGUCGUGAAAUACAACUAUUCCUCUUUGGAUACUUCCUUGCAACAUUUCUCCAGGUCUUCAGUAUCGGGGGGUGGUUGAUUGAUCGAACAGUAUUAAAGUGGUUCUCGGCUCUCGAUGUUGCGGCGAUUGUAGGAACUGCGUGGGUGCUGAUGUUUGUCGCCAUUGCGGGACUUACGCAUGAGGUGAUGAAAGGGGUGGUAUUGUUCAUGGUAGGAACAGAUGGACAUUCCUACAUCCAACGUGCGAAGGGGCUGAUGUUCUUUGAUGCUAUUGCGUACCCUGGCUACGGCUGUUCUGCUCUUCGUGGUCUACAAAGCGCUUUUGACUUUCCUGGUCAUGAUCCAGGCCCGCCUGGAUCGUCAUGGGAGAGCCAUACCCUCUUCGUCCUCAAUAUCGUCUUGCCGGUCUUCACCGUGAUCACCUACUUUAUCAUCUCAGCCGUAAUCUCACUCCACAUCCUCGGUGAAACGAAACCCUUAUACCCCCUCGCGUACGCCUUUACGGGUUCCCUUUUCGCUCUCAUCUUUACCUUCGUGGUCAGCGAUGAUAUUUGUCGGAGUACACAUGCGAGGAUAGACGGAUCCAUGUUGGCUACGUUGUCGGUUUUGGUUGCGGUGUAUAACGUGUGGAAAUUUUGGGAUGUGACUACGGAGGAUGAUUUCAUGGAUAUUGCGGUGGAUAGUGACGGAGGCAGCACACGAGAUUGA